UUUAUGAUUUAAAAACUAGGUAUCUUUCAAUUUCUUGUGUAUAUGUAAUAAUAUGAUGAGGUGAUUAAACAUUUAUAUGAUUACACAGUCAUAACCGCCAUCUGAGGGAAAUCGCAAUUAAAAUAUGGCCCGUGACAAAAAUGAGUUUGACUCCCCUGCAUCAGGGCAUCAAGUUCUGAUCGGCUAUUUCACAGCUUCACAGUUUUUUCUCUGAGUUACUCACCGGUGGGGCGGCCGUCUUCUGUGGUGAACGGAGGCGAAGGCGACAGCACAGAGGGAAGCGAGCCGGAAUCCAGGCCAACCUCCGUAAGAGAGGAAUGACGAAUGACGCUCCUGUUGAUUCACCUCGCGAAUCUACGCUCCCUACCCAACAAAAUGGAUGAGAUUCAUCUUCUCACAAAGACCACAAGACUAGACAUGGCUUUGUGAUGGCAUCGCCCGAUGGCACCGUAAUGCUUCCGGGCUUCCAACUACUCUGGGUAGACCGCGUCACGGAGUUUUCGGGGAAAACAAAAGGCGGCAAGAUAUGCUUCUAUAUCAAUAGAAAAUGGUGUACUGCCGUCAUGGAGCUCAACACACACUGCAGCCCAGACUUUGAGUCGCUGUUUUUGAACUAAGUCAUUCUAUUCCCUGCGCGCGUUUGCCUCAUUCAUACUCGCAGGUGUACAUUCCACCCCAGGCUAAUACGUACGCCCCCACUGCUAACGCUUGCUGAACAAGAAAACAAACUUUUAAAAAACGCACCCAGAUUGAUUCAUUCAUCUUCCGUUCCGCUUAUCGUCACUCGGGUGCACAAUUGACACUAUUCCAGAUUAUCGCACUACUUGUCACUUUAAAUGACUCAAAUUUCUUGAAGUCUUUGCACCCUUUGAACAACGGUCACUGUACCAAAUUAUCGCUCGAUUGGUCCUUUCAAACUGCUCUAAAUCGCUAGAGGACUCUGCAUCAUUUGGACAAUUGUCAAAAUAAAUCAAUAAAUAAAUUGGAUCGGCAUUACCGGUAAGCUUUCGUUGCUCAGUUAUGUCUCAAAAGUAUUUUCUGUCAAAUGGCUGUCUGUUGUCGCACUUGAGCAGGCCCAACUGCCGGAGACAAAUUCCUUGUGUGGUUUUGACAUAUACAGUACUUGGCAAAUAAGGAUGAUUCUGAUUCUGAUAGUCAAACUUUCUCUUCUAAAACUACGUAGCUGGUUUCCUUUUUUUCUGAAUGAGACUUUGAAAGACUGUCAUGUCAAACGUAAGAUAUGCUGUCAGUGGAAUAGAGGUGAUGGUGGUGGUGAAAUUCUGCCGUGUCUUCCUUUCCCUCAUCUGUUGGCCAUUCCAAGACACUUACUGAAUAAUUGUGCAUUGAGUUUGUUGCAAUAAAACAAACAUUGUAUAUAUGUUAGCUUACAAGGCUAACAAAAAUGUUGACGUUCAUCCAUCCAUUUUCACCAAGCAAAAUAUUCAACAUAUGUUGGUUAUCUUCCACGAUUUUUGGGAAUUCAAAGAAUUUGAAUAGUCUCCUAUUAUCUCAACCUAAUAAUGCAUUCUUUAUUUCCCUGAAGACGGCGAAAUCCACAUGCAGGCAGCAGGGAAGCAAAGCCAGACAAAGCCUCUCCAGUAUGCAUCCUACGCAGAGAAACAACAUGGGAAAAACACGAAACAGUGGAUGGAUGCGAACGAUGUACACUGACAGACACAGUGGAGAGAACAGACUGAAGAAGGGUUCAACGGACCGGACCCACUUGACGAUGACUUCUCGCCUUCCUCUGUCUGUGUUGGUGAUGCUGCUAAUAGCUAUCACUUUGAGUGAAGGUUUGCGAGGUUCUGGACCGAAGGACUGCUGCUAUCAUUUCAAUGAGAACCCUAUUCUCCCAAAAAGAGUAGUCCGAUAUGUUAGGACUCCACAGCAGUGCCCCGUCGCUGCGGUGAGACUGAAGACAGUGAUGGGUCGUCACAUGUGUGCAAGGUCUUCAGCCUCAUGGGUGAAAGACCUCAUCAACCAUAUUGAUGCCAAAGUAAUCCUCGGAAAGACAACUAACUUGUGACUUUCGCUACACCCCGAACCGACUGUAUUUUGAAUAUAUUCUGGAAAUUUAAAGUGUUUGAUGACGAUUUCACCAAGCCUAUUAUGUCAAAGUAAUGUGUGGAGGUAAAAUAGAUGAAUAAAUCAAUCCAAAAGGG